CAGAUGCACAGGAAGAGAUUAACUAUCGCUUUUGGUCGCAUUUGGAAAGUAAGGUGACUGAACUGAAAAACUGCUCAAUGCCAUCUGUGCCUUCCGUGACUUCCCCUGUGUAUAACCAUGACGAGUCUAGAUCUCAACCAAAAUUUCAACUUCUCCUGCACCAAUCUCUAUGACCAUCGUUCAGUGGCCCGAGUUCUUAUCCCUCUGGUCUAUUCCAUCAUAUGUCCAGUGGGUCUUUUAGGCAAUGCCUUGGCUCUUCAUGUGACGUUCUCCAACCUUACCAAGCUCAACUCAACCACACUCUAUUCUGCCAACCUAGCUGUUUCUGAUAUCCUUUUUUGCCUGUCUCUCCCUCUACGAGCCAUUUAUUACGGCCUUGGCUUCCACUGGCCUCUGGGGGAAGGGCUAUGUAAAGCCACAGCAUUGCUCUUCUAUUUGAACUGCUACGCUGGGGUUAACUUUAUGACAUGUCUGGCAGUUGAUCGUUUUGUGGCACUGGUGUUACCCAGGAUGGAGAAAAUGAGAAAGGUGAAGAAUGUGCGGUUUGUGUGCCUGGCCAUAUGGCUGCUGGUGUUGGCCCAGACGCUGCCUCUCCUGGGCAGCCAAAUGACCAAAAAGGAACCCGACAAUACCAUCACCUGCAUGGAAUACUCCAAUUUUGAGUUUACAAUUGAAGGACUACCCUACAUGCUGAUUGGGGCAGUAGUUUUAGGUUUUGGUGUCCCGGUUGGAACAAUCAUUGCUUGCUAUUCUAUAUUGACCUAUAAGCUACAUCUAGUGGCAAAGUCUAACCAGCUGACAAAGCGUUCUGGGAGGACCAAAAAAGCAAGAGGUGUGAUUGCAGGAGUGGUUUUUGUGUUUUUGGUGUGUUUCAGCCCGUAUCAUAUAGACCUACUGCAAUACAUGAUCCGGAAAAUUCUCUAUAAACCAGACUGCAUUGAGCUUCAGUCCUUCCAGAUAUCCCUGCAUAUUACAGUAUGUCUUAUGAACCUAAAUUCAUGCCUGGAUCCAUUUGUUUACUUCUUUGCUUGUAAAGGUUACAAGCAGAAGGUGAUGAGGAUGAUGAGCUGGCAGGUUGGCACCCACUUCUCCAGUGUUGGAAGGACUUCGCCUGAAAGUUCAGGCACUGGAGAUCGACAUGUCACCCGCCACAACAACAGGAUAAAAAUGAACACUAUUAGAGAAGUUCAGUGAAACUGUUCCGGACAUUAAGCUGCAUGUGACAAUCUCAUAAGGUGAUGAAAAGCACUAAUCAACUCACAUGUAGGGUUGCAGCGGUAUACCGGCUUCACGGUAUAUCACGGUAUGAAUAUUUAUGGUUAUCAUACCAUGUACAUUUGCUAAUCUACGGUAUUGAGAAGAAAAAUGCAACCAGACAGAGAACCUCACCUGCGCAGCUCCUGUCCUCCUCAUCAGACUCAUCAACUUGUGCCACACAAGUACCGCAGAGAAGAUGUCAGAGAGAAACGAGCCUGACAUAAGUGAGUGUGUGAGUUAAAGCAGUGUUUCUCAACUGGUGGGUCGCAGGUCUAUUUGAACUGGGUCGAACAGCAGGAAAAGAACAAUGCAAUGGUUCUCCCACUGAAGAUAUUUCGGCGGCAUCCCAAGUGAUAGCCUAUUUGGACUACCGAGGCAGAUUUAAUGAUAAUCUCACAUUUCAGCUAAAGGCUUCUCAUCUGCACUUUCGAACGAGUGUAACGGAACCAGCUCGUGAUCAUGAUCUGCUCUGCUCUCUGACACGCGUGUGCAACAACCGGGCUUUCCUUGAUUUUGCGGUGCACAGACCUCAAAACUGAUGUCAAUUUCAAUUCAAGUGAGAAUUGUCUAUUUAAAGCAUUAUGGAGGAAGUCAAGUCAAACCUCUCAAACAGUAGACAGCCCUGACAUGCCAAACAGCACUGUGGAGGAAAAGAGCAACACUGUGUUAUGUGCUAAUUUAUUUUUCAUUAUGCAUCAUCACCUUUACAAAAUUGUUUCACGAGUAAAAGUAACUUUUAUAAUUUGACAGAAUGUUAUAGUUUCAUAUGAAAUAAUCUAAAGGUAGAAUCUAUUAGACCUAAUUUUAUAUCAACAGUGGAUGUUUUUCAGCUAGUAUUUAUUUUUCAUAAAUAUUAUAAUUUGUUGUUAUUAUUAUUAUUACUAUUAUUCAAGACUAGCUACACUGACCUAACCAUGGUAAUGAGGAGCCUUUCCUUCUGUGUAAUAUGUAUGUUCUGUUUGAAUUAUGUUUGAAAUUAGGAAACAAACAGUAUAAUAAUGGGCUCAUUUAAGUAAAUAUCCUCUUCGAUUUGUAAAAAGGGGUGAGAGAAAUCUUCCUGUCACUUUUGUGGUUUACAUCAACAACAAAAAUAAUGUCACUUGAUGCAUGUCCUUGUACUUGAAAACCAUGAACAAAAAUAUGCAACAUAAAAGGAAAUGCGACCCAGGACACAUUAAAUACAGGUUACGUUUUUAAUAUGGUGGGUAGCCACUUGAUUUCCCAUGUAAAAUCUGGGUCCUGAAGCAAAACCAGUUGAAAACCACUAGUUAAAGGAACAGACAGGAGCAGUCUGGCUGCACUGUCACACACCUACAGUAUAUGUUAAUUACUAAUAAUCAUAGGACAUUACUUUAAAAGCUCACACAGAUGAUGUUAUUUUCAUUUAGUAGUUAAUUAAACAAGCUGUUCUAACAUGUAAACUAACAUGCUUUAGUUACAUAAAAUGUUAUAGUUACAUGCAAUUUUUUUGUCAUGUUUAUAAUUCAGUUUAUUAUUAUAAUUCUGUUAGCUUUCUUAUUCUAUUUAUUUUCAAAAGGGAGACUUUUUUUUUUUUUUUUUACACAUUCUUCAAUUAAAAA